AUGGCCUCCUUCGGCUCAGGCCAGGGAGAUAUGGACAAACGGUCCAGCGCCCUAGUGGCGCCCUUGAACAUUCAAAAGUCUCCGAGCAGGUCGCGAUCACAAAUGGGCGUUUUCGGUCACACUCGCCAGUCUUCGUCAAGAGGGACCCACUCCAGUCGCUCGCGAUCGCAGAUAUCUCCUCCCCUGACGCCUACAGUUUCCAACGAAGCCAUGGUUCAAGAGCAGCAACUUGCCCAGCCCAUUUUCCACAACUACCUCCGCGCCUUCUACCAUUACAGCCCUACUUCGACUGUAUCAUCUACUUCGGACGAGUCCUCAAUUACCGUUGCCAUUAACCAAGGCGACGUCAUUCUUGUUCACUCUGUACAUCCCAAUGGCUGGGCAGAUGGCACUCUGUUGGCCUCUGGAGCCCGUGGAUGGCUUCCUACCAACUACUGCGAGCCCUACGACCACCCCAUAAUACGGAAUUUGCUCAAUGCAUUGACAUAUCUAUGGGAUCUGGUUCGUGACGGUGAGAAUGGCGAACUAGUUGCCUUCUCACGGCAGGACUACGUCAAAGGCAUGAUUGUUGGCGUACGACUGUUCCUGGAACGGACAGAGUGCUUACAAAAGGACUCGCGACUUAUCCUUGCACACGUAGGUCUGCGUCGCAUGCGUAAAGCUCUAUUGGGUGAUCUCUCUACGCUCGUAAAGGCUGCCAAAACCCUGCAAGAAGCGUUACAAUCGGGCGAGCUGCUCGUACCCGUGUUCGAGCACAUGGACGAGCUCGUGUUCAAAUCGUUUAAGCUUGUAACGAGGGCUGUGCGUUUCCUCGACAUCUGGGCCACGGACGCAGUGUCGCUGUCACUGUUCGAGCUUGGCGACGCAAGCAGUCAUAGACCACUGACCCCACCGUCUGACUCGACCGACGGUGCUGUGCAACAGCCAGUAACAUCAGCGCCAUCGGUAGAGGGCAGUUUGUCGGCGAAUGAAUACGACUCUCCGGUUACACAAUCGGCCCACGACGACUGGUACUCCGCCACGACGCAACAGCCACGAAACUUGAACCGCCUGUCAGUUGCCUUUUCUCUGCCGUCGGAGCCAGAUUCUCUUGCUUCCCCGAUCAUCAUAUCCCAACCCACGUUCCAGUCAAAACGCACUUCCGUUACCCAUCGGUUGUCGUACACGGCCAAGUCAUCCAGCGCACGCAAAGGAAGCCUUGCCACCGAGCGGCUGAACACUGCUCAUGACGCUUUUUUGGGCUUUAUUGGCUCGUUUAUUGGUUUGCACCUACAAUCUCGCUCUUCCGACGAGCUAGCCCAAAUCACCCAACACUCCGUCGUCGCGUGCCGCCAGCUCCUCAAGGUUGUUGAGGAAGUAUGGGAACGAGACUCACGAAGGUCCAACCCACUGGAAGAAGCACGAGACACCAUGUACACCCGUCUCACCGAACUGGUCCAAGCGACCAAGGAUAUGUUUACGAAUGCUGACGCGGACGUUGAAGAGGUGGUAGCGCCAGAGGCAGGAAAGCAAAUCGUGACGGCUGCUACAAGUUGUGUCAGGGCUGCUGGUGACUGCGUUACCAAGGCUAGGCUUGUGAUCGAGAGGAUAGGCGACUUUGAAUUUGACACCGAGCCUGCUGUUGGCUUGGGUCUAUCCGACGAAUCCAUGGUCCAGGAACCUACCCCCUCGAGUAACAGAGAAUCUGUCGCCAGCGCCGUUUCAUCCAAACCUGCCGAAAACGUCAUGGAGACAAACAAACCACUACCUGCGCCGCCAGUUGAGGAACGCGAGAUGCCUCCACCACUCACCAUUUCCGAGUCGAAGCCUUUGCCCGAGGUACCUCAGCCUUCGCCUCUCGACAACAACAGGCUUAGCCUCCAGCCAUCCCAGGCUGUCAUCGUCGAAAGCCCAACUGCCGUGUCCUUUAGGUCAUCUCGCUCGUCAUUGCCUCCACUCAACGCGGUGCCUACUCCCAUACUCCCACUACCGAGCGCAUCUGAGAUUCUUGAAAGUCCUGCAAGCAUGACACAAGGAAGCAUUGCGGAGUCUGUCAACACCGAGAGUGUCAACGCUUCUGUCAAUGACCUGAGCAGCACCCAUGGCUACAACGGGCGGGGUGAUGCUGCAAGCGUCGUUUCACACACGUCCACGCGUGCUACCACGCCAGAUCAAUCACCAACAAAGAAGCGUAGUUCCCAGACGUUGAUCAGCAGCUUUGGCAGUUCAUCAGAGCUUCGCUCUUUAGCAAGCGAAGAUAUUGCCGACGGCGAAGAGCACCUCUUGGAGACUACCUAUGUGCACGAGUUGAUCUACAACAAGGAUGGUCAAAUAUCGGGUGGAUCUCUCCCCGCCUUGGUGGAGCAGCUCACCACCUUCGAGUCAACUCCCGAUAUUGUCUUUGUAAACGCCUUCUAUCUUACCUUCCGUCUCUUCACCACACCUGUCGAACUUGCGCAGUGCCUGAUCGACCGAUUCGACUACAUUGGCGGCAGUCAGAAAGUCGGAGUUCCUGUACGUCUCAGGGUCUACAAUGUGUUCAAGGGUUGGCUCGAAAGCCACUGGGUCGGCGAGAGUGAUUCAGUUGCCCUAGGUGUUAUCCUGGCGUUCGCCACUGGCAAACUGAGGACAGCUAUGCCUGCUGCUGGCAAGCGUCUUGCAGAGCUUACGUCCAAGGUCACGGAAGUGAGAGCUGGUGCUCUUGUGCCUCGCUUGGUGUCGUCGAUUGGAAAGGCAACUGGCACUAGCACUGCCUUCACCCAGGGCGAUAGCAACGUUCCCUCUCCCAUUGUUACCAAGAGCCAACUCAACGCACUACGAGCUAGUAAGGAGGGUAGGGCUCAAUGCAGCAUCUUGGACUUUGAUCCCCUAGAGCUCGCCAGGCAGUUUACCAUCAUCGAGUCUAAGCUCUUCUGUGCCAUUCAGCCAGAAGAGCUCCUUGCUCUCGAGUGGACCAAGAAGAAGGAUUCAAAGGCGCACAACGUCAAAGCCAUGUCCACUCUAUCGACUGACUUGGCCAACUUGGUGGCUGACACCAUCCUUCAGCUUGAGGACGCAAAGAAGCGUGCGGUCAUAAUCAAGCAAUGGGUCAAGGUUGCGGCCAAGUGUCUGGAGCUGCACAACUAUGACUCGCUCAUGGCCAUCAUCUGCUCGCUCAACUCUUCCAUGGUUAUGCGCCUCAAGCGAACCUGGGAGCUUGUGUCAGCGAAGACAAAGGCUCGCCUGGAUGAGCUGAAGUCGGUCACUGACGUAGGCCGAAACUACGCCGUGCUUCGUCAGCGUCUCCAGAACCACAUCGCGCCAUGCAUUCCAUUUGUAGGAAUCUACCUUACUGACCUCACGUUCAUCGACGUCGGCAACGGCACCACACGACAGCUUCCCGGUGAAUCCGGCUCUGACGGUCUCUCCGUCAUCAACUUUGACAAGCACAUGAAGACGGCCAAGAUCAUCGGCCAACUGCAAUCGUUCCAGGUUCCCUAUCGGUUAGCUGCCAUCCCAGAGAUGCAGGACUGGAUGGAGGCCCAGAUUUCGAGGAUGCACGCCAGCGACCAAGCCAACGUCCAAAGUUAUUACCGUCGAUCACUGCUCCUUGAGCCACGAGAGCAGCCUCACUCCGUGAGGGGCUCACCAUCUAUUGACAACAGCAACGCGAGCACCUUCUCAGUAGACACCCGAGUCAAUUCAAAGGACAAAUUUGAGUUUCUCAACUUCAACUUCUCGACUUCCAACCUGAAGGGCACAUAGACUUUCACAUAGCGCUUCAUUGCGCCCUUCACCAUCGGCCGCACUCACUGGAGGAUACCCAGAGAGGCCGGCAUUGCACAUAUACUGCAUGGCGCCCGGCCAUCCACAUAUUAAUGUUUGCGUUUCCCCUGCAUCACUUUGUCCAUCAUGUCACGGACACUUACGAUACCAAUGCCAGAGUCUCCUUUGUUUGUUUUUUGAUACCACUUCAGCGAUUUAUUAUUGGGGGGGCAGGAGCAUACUUUUCCUAUUUCUUUACUUGCAAAAUGCGCUGUUUGCUUCGGCACAUCGCAGCCAUCUGGUCGAUCAUCUAUUAUGUUUUGCAUAGCCAAUGGGGCUGUUGGAGGCCUACAUUUAGUGGGCUCGGCGUUUGUAAGAAGGAGAAGGGAAUCUGCUUUCACGGCAAAAGGAUCAUUGCUGUGGCAGCGGGAAAAGGCUUCUCAACAAGAUGGGUGCGAGAGAAGAAAAGUUGUUCCUUGUUGUAUACCAUUGGACAUGCAAAGUCAACUAGAUUGACACAUGUGCGAAUGAAAGAAUUCACACAUCAA